AUGCAUAAAGAUAAUCACAGCGAACCCACAUUCACACAAAUCAUGGUUGCCUCUUUUAUAGGCAUCAUCAUUGCAGCAGCAUUGCGGUUUCAUCUAUGGAAACUAAGGGAUGAAAAGAUCAUCCCACGCCUACGAUCCAGAGACAAAGGCGGUGGCCGCAUUGAUAAGGUCGAACGCUUCCCUCACUACGUAGCUAGGCAGAUGGGAUUUAUAGAUAGAAGAGAAUGCCCUUUGCUCUGCAAGUUAUCCGCCGAAUAUAUCAGGAAAUUAGAAGGUUGUGAAGAUGAUAUAUAUACAUUCUUCUCCAAUGAGCCUGAUGUGGAUUCUCUCUUUGUUAAGCUUGUGGAAGAGUUUGAGAGAUGCAUUCUUAGUUAUUUUGCAUUUCAUUGGUGCCAUGCAGAUCUUAUGAUCACCCAGGUUUUAAGUUCUGAUGCUGAACCCAAGAGAAAGCUCAAGCAGAUUUUCAUGGCAGCAACUAGGGAGCAGAGAUUUGAGAGGGUGACAAAAAAUCUAAAGGUGGCUAGAGUUUUCACUACAUUGGUGGAAGAAAUGAAAGCAAUGGGGCUUACAUCAACAGAUGAUUCUCAAUGUACAGAGGUGAUGGCUCCAGUGGCUCACAGUGAUAGAAGUCCAGUGCUGCUCCUCAUGGGAGGUGGGAUGGGAGCUGGGAAGAGCACUGUGCUUAAGGACAUUCUCAAAGAACCAUUCUGGGCAGGAGCAGCAGGGAAUGCAGUUGUGAUUGAGGCAGAUGCAUUCAAAGAAUCAGAUGUUAUCUACAGAGCCCUCAGCAAACGAGGUCAUUCAGACAUGGUCCAUACAGCCGAAUUAGUGCACCAAUCAUCUACAGAUGCAGCAUCGUCCCUUCUAGUGACAGCACUGAACGAAGGGCGGGAUGUGAUCAUGGAUGGAACACUGUCCUGGAUACCAUUUGUUUUACAGACAAUAACUAUGGCCAGAUGUGUCCAUCGCCGCCGGUAUCGUAUGGGUGCUGGUUACAAGAAAAACCCCGACGGGACCAUAACUGAGAACUACUGGGAACAAAUCGAAGAAGAAGAUCAAGUUCCAGAAGGAGGCAAAAGGAGGAAGCCAUACAGAAUAGAGCUGGUUGGGGUUGUUUGUGAAGCUUAUUUAGCAGUUAUUAGAGGCAUUAGGAGAGCUAUAAUGUGUAGACGAGCCGUAAGAGUGAAUUCACAAUUGAAAUCCCACAAGAGAUUUGCAAAUGCAUUUCCAACAUAUUGCCAACUGGUUGACAACGCUAGGCUAUAUAGCACCAAUGCCUUGGAAGGUCCACCUAAGUUGAUAGGAUGGAAAGAGAAAGACAGGACAUUACUAGUGGAUCCGGACGAGAUCGGGUGUUUAAAGAGGAUAGGCAGGCUGAACGAAAACGCGGAUUCCAUAUACGAACUUUACAGGUAUCCUAACCCCGCUUGUCAAACCGGUUCGAUAUGGAAAGACAUUGUACUAUCACCUUCAAGAGUAAAUAUCCAACAGGAACUGAAGUAUACCAUCCAGAAAGUUGAAAGAAUGGAAAAUGUAGUUUCCCACAUAUGAAUGUUCACAAAACAGAAAUUGCAGGCUGAACAUGUCUAAAUUCUCAUACCUUGUUGGAUGAUGAUGAUGAUGAUGAUGAUGAUGAAGCUUUAUAUGUAAAUUUAUUGUUCCUAGCCAAAGCCAAGUUUAGACUAUGAAACCGAAAACCACAAUAUUUCCCUUUAAUUGUUUCAAAUAAUCUGCUAGUAUCAGUAGAGUGUAUUGGCUUAAUGGGAACUCCAAACAGGGAUUUUUAAGAAAAGAAAAAGCAAAGAGGAA